AUGGGCGUUGCUAGCCUUCUGAACCAGUUCGACGAUGGGCUGAGUUCCCUGCUGGCCCAGUGGAAUGUCUAUUCCACUGUGCUUGUCACUGUUCUCGCGCUCAUCGUCACAUAUUCCGUCAUGAACCGCGUUGAUCCUGACAUCCAUCCCAUGCUCCUCGCACGCCAGGCUUCAGGUUCGCCGGUCCGACAGAAUGGAGAAUCUCCUAUCUACCGUGGCAACUCGGCGCCCCAUGGCAUGCCGCUCAACAGCGGCCUGAAUGUCCGGGAGUCUGGCGCACAGAAAUGGGCGCCGGGCCGGAACGGAGACCUAAGGGACGUCUGGCGUAGAGUCGUGACCGGAAAUUCCGAGGACUCCGGCAACAAGGCAACCGGCCGCAUCUUGACCGUACUAGGCAGCGAGAAGGUCCUCGAACAUGACCUAAAGGACAUUACGCGGCAGAUUAACCUUAUUGGACAGCACAUAUCCGCCCAGGGCGGCAGCAGGGUGGCCAUAUACCUUCCCAACUCUGUCGAAUUCAUCGCCACACUGUUCGCUUCCAGCUUCUACAACUUGACUGCCAUCCUCUUGCCCUUCGACCAGCCCGAGGAUGUCAUAAUCUCCAUGCUGCGCGCGUCCGACGCCGACACCGUUGUCACCGCGCCCGGCGCUUUCCCCUUUGACAAUGUGGUGAAAAGCUAUCCGGCUCUCCGCCAGCUCAUCUGGGUCGUCGACGAGGGUAACAAGCACCUCGACUGGAACGAGGUUCCCAAGGGUACUGGUGGCAGCGUUAACGUCUCUACUUGGCAAGACGUUCUGGACAACAGCCCCGUCGGGGUCGGCAUCGACGUACCCGAGGUCGACCCCCAGACCACGUCGCCGGACGUCAUCACCUUCUGGCAAUCCAAGCCGGGGAACCUCGAGGAGGUGGUUCAAUUUAGCCAAGGGAAUCUCGUUGCCGGCAUCUCCGCCCAACUCGCCGCCAUCCCGCAGAGGGAGCGCCUCUCGCCCGCUGAUCUGUUUCUGCCCUCCGCGUCGCUAUCGGCAUCGUUCCCUCUAGUACUGACCCUUGCCGCUCUCUACUCCAACGCCUCCGUCGCAUUCAACUCUGUCGCAGGAACAUCACCGGACCUCGUCCUUGCCACCGCCGGCGUCGCACCCACCGUCGUCGUCGCCACACCCCAGACCCUCAAGAAGACGCACGAGGAGACCAAGGCCAAGAUCGGCUCGUUGCUCACACAGAUCUCGCACUGGGUGCAGACGAACAGCCUAACGCAGAACGGCGCACGGCCAGUCGCCUCGUUCCUGGCGUCGUACAACGACUCAUUGUAUCCUAAGAUAGGUGCCUCCCCGUUCGCCGUCACGCCGACACCGGGCAAGCUACGGCUUCUCUUCGUGGCGCACCCGGCGGGAGUCGACGAUGGGACACCGCGGCUCUCGGAGCAGACGCUAUCGGACUUGCGCGUGUUCACCGGGGCACGCGUCGUGUACGCGCUGACGGCGGCGCGCGUGGCCGGCGCAGUCUCGCAGACCCAGAUCCACGACUACCGCGUGUCGGGCGAUGGCACCGGCUCUCACUUCGGCCCACCCGUCAGCAGCAUCGAGAUCUUCCUCCGUGAGACCCCGGCCCACAGGUUCACCGGCGACAGCUACUACACCGGCGAGAUUGUGGCCCGCGGCCCAGCGGUCGCGCGCAAGACCGAAGCCGACGGCCGGGGAGGAGCGUCCGAGGCCGCGCUCGGCGUCGUAGGCACCAUCAGAACGGAUAACACGCUAGCUCUUGUCUAG